AUGUUCUCUUUGAAUGCGCCCAUAGCCGAUGAUUCCGUCAUCCGGCCAAUUGGCGAUGAUGACCAGCGCCUGCUACUGGGACUCGUUCACAAGUAUGGUCUUUCAAGCCUGAUGUGCGCCCUGACUGGGCUUGGUGAAUCAUCACGAAACUCGACAGUGUCGGCCACGACCUUGCUAAGCAACACCAGCGCCCCUUCCUUGGUGUGGACGGCCUCAGAUGCCGCAUCCAUUCGAACACAGUCCACCCGUGGAGAAUUGGCUGGUGAUGUCGCCUCUAUUCACGAUUCAGAGCUGGGAAAGCCUUACCUCCCUGAGCGACAGUCGUGGCUCGAGUCGCCUUGCGCCAUCACAUCUCCCCAUGUCCAAGAUGCCAACGUUGCUAUGCCCGCCUCCCCUCGCCUCCACAUCUCCACCCUCAAGAAGUAUCAGUGCCCCAUGUGCUUCCUUGACCGCAACCUGGUCGAAUUCGGCCGCAAGAGCGACUUCAAGAAGCAUCUCAACAACUUCCACGGUACCGACGUCGUCUGGAUUUGCCGAUCCAAGGGUUGCCAUCUGUCAUUCGCUACCGAACGCGCCUAUAGUACCCAUGCCAAGGAGACGCACAGGAUGGAGGCCCUUCCUAGCAGUGCUGCACGAACAGAGCUUUGCCCCCAGUUGGCCUUUGCAUGUGGCUUCAGCAACUGCAAGGACCGCAUCUUCGAGGCCACCACCAAAGACGAUGCUGCGGCAAGCCGCGACAAGUACUUUGAGCACAUUGCAAAGCACUUUGAGGAUGAUUACGAUGUCAACGAGUGGGAGUACCGUGUUCAGAUCCACAACUUGAUGCGCCAAAACCGUGUCAAGUCGAUCUGGAAGUCGUGCAUUUGGCCCAAGGAGAAGAGACAGCAGCUGUCUUGGCGUCCUCGAUCAUCUGGUGACCUGAAGCGAAUGCUCGAGUGCCGCCAUCUUGGAGAAGACAUCUCCCAGCUGGUCCGACUUGCCUACAUUCUCGGUACCGCUCCUUUCACCUCUUCCAGGACGCCUCCUCCCAGUGAGAUUGAUAUGCACUUCCAACUUCCUUUCCGUAGCCAGUGCCUCCUCGAGACUGCAGAUGUACCAGCCAAGGAGGAGGACGACAACAUGCCAACUCUCACCUCUUCCAAGUCCCGUCCCCAGUCUCUCUUCCGACUACCAAGCCGCAAAGGUAGAACCAGCAAGACCCCCCGACCAUCGACACCUGCUUCCAUUGCUGGAUCCGACACGCCGAUGUCUGGGUCCGACAUCACUUCUGCUCCCCACCCUGGCACACCGAUUCCCAUCCCUCAAGGCCGUACCUCAUUCGACGGACCCAAGUUUGCUCCCGAUCAGGCUCCUCAACUGCCUAAGCAGAUGAACACCCCGGUCAGUAUUCACAGCGGAUGCGAGACCCCAGUCUCCGGCUCGCCUGCCAUGUUCUCCGUUCCUAUGCAUCACGGCCCUGACAACCAGGCCUACUACUACGGGGCUCAAGCACCCACAUCCAUGCCUGAGGGCAUUGUCUAUUCUCCGUACGAGCAGCCUCUGCCGCACCCUCAAGACGCCGGAAGCAGGUACAGCGAGAUGAUGUUCGGUUGCACACCCCAGAGCCAGAACUCCAUGGCUCGCCCCGCCACCCCGGUCCCACACAAGCGACCUGCCUCCUGGGGCCGGGUUACAAGCAUGGAAGAGAUGCGUCCCAAGAAAAAGCCUUCUACUCCCACUAGUGGACACUAUAGGCCCGAGUCACCAAUUAUUGGCCAUGGUGAGCCACUCCCCAUGAACCACACUCUGGACAAUGUCCCCAAUGCCUACGGCGAGAUGAUCCCGACUUACCACACCCACCCUCCCACCUCUGUACCACCCGAAGAAUGGGCCCUGCCCGUGCGAAUGGGUACCGAGCCGCAGGGCGGCUUCCAAGACCAGCACCACCACUACGCCCCGGUUCAGCAAGAGGCUGACCCGAUGACGUUCUUCUUUGAUGACACUGAGGGACGCAUGUAA